AAAGUUCUUACCUUUUAUGCAUUCUCACUUUGUUGAAAAUAGAAAAUAACAUGAGUUAUAUAUUAUUUUUUUUCCAAUCUAUUCCUCCGGAAGGACGCAAUAGGAGGAAAGGGAAUCGGUUCCUAAUUCGAAUUGAUCCACACCAAACUUUCCCAAAUCAUAUCCAAAAUUCUGCAGCACCUAUCCCUUUCGUGAUACCAGGAACAAAUAUCAUUUAGCUGGUGCCAAUGUGCCAUCCACAAGAAAGCAAUCCCAAGAAUGAUUCUUCUUCUGGAAGUAUGCCUCUUUCGUGCAGUGUCCUAUGCUCUCUGCUUCUGCUUUCGCAUGCAGAUUAGUGCUUAAAAAGUAGUUCCUUUUUGCCACUACUCUUCCAACUUUUUCUUUCUCAUAGUAACCAACGCCCCUCUUCCACUGAAUAGUGAAAAUCCCAAAAGAUGAGCCUUUUAAUUACUACAACAAAGAGAACCGCGUGAGUUCCAACUUAUUGCCCGUGUGCUUCCAACUUAUCACCGUUUCCAUGCACGAAGAAGAAUAGGAAGAGCUCUCUCCGUGAUUACCUUUCUUCACUCACGCGGUUAGGCAUUGACUCAUACAAAUUACAAAACAAGGUCCCUACAAAUUCAAGCAUUCUCAUAUCUCACCCUCACAAAAGCAAAGCUUUGUUCGCUUCGUUCUCUUAAAAAGUGUAGAAGAUGCUACAACUCGGUCUCAAUUUCUUUCCCCUUUUAGUACUAUGUUUACUAAGCUCAACUCAAGGGGUGUCCCUAGAGAGUCAGUCUCAAAUUCUUCUUGAGGUUAAGAACACUCAACUUGAAGACAAAAACAAGAGUCUCAAAAACUGGGGGUACCACAACCCAUGUAACUGGACCGGCAUUACCUGCGACACACGAAACCAAUCAAUUGUGUCAAUUGACCUAUCCGAGAUUGGAAUUUACGGCGAAUUUCCCUUCGGUUUCUGUCGCAUUCACACACUCCAAAACCUUUCUCUCGCAUCCAACUUUCUCGGCAAUGCCAUCUCCCCCAACUCUCUGCUCCUCUGUUCCCACCUUCGUCUCUUGAACCUCUCCGACAAUUACUUCGUCGGAGACUUACCAGAAUUCCCACAAGAGUUCACUCAACUAAGAGAACUAGACCUCUCCAGGAACAACUUCACCGGCGAUAUUCCGGCGAGUUUUGGGCAGUUUCCGCAACUGAGUGUGCUCCUUUUAUUCGGAAACCUUCUCAGCGGAACAAUCCCUUCAUUUUUAGGCAACCUCAGUGAGUUAACUCGUUUGGAACUCGCUUAUAACCCCUUCAAACCAGGACCUUUACCUCCCCAGCUCGGAAACCUUUCAAACUUAGAAACUCUGUUCCUCGCCAAUGUAAACCUCGUAGGAGACAUCCCACACUCCAUUGGAAAUCUUAUCUCCCUCAAGAACUUAGAUUUGUCUCAAAACUCCUUGACAGGUAACAUCCCAAGCAGCAUUUCGGGUCUGAAAAACGUGCAACAAAUUGAGCUUUUCCAAAACCAGCUUUCUGGUGAACUGCCCCAAGAGUUAGGAAACCUCAGCAGUUUAGUUCGUUUGGACCUCUCUCAGAACGGCUUCACCGGAAAACUACCAGACACGAUUGCUUCAUUGAAUCUCUGUUCUCUCAACUUGAACGAUAAUUUUCUAAAUGGAGAAAUCCCACUAAGUUUAGCUUCAAACCCGAACCUGCAGCAACUUAAACUCUUUAACAACAGCUUUACUGGGAAACUUCCACAAGAUCUUGGGCGAAACUCUGCCGUAGAGGAUCUCGAUGUCUCAACCAAUGACUUCAUAGGAGAGUUGCCAAAGUACCUCUGCCAAAGGAACAAGCUUCAGCGUCUCGUCACGUUCGCGAAUCGUUUCUCUGGAACGCUCCCUGAUCAGUACGCCGAGUGUGAUUCCCUACAAUAUGUCAGAAUCCAGAACAACCAACUCUCCGGCCAGGUGCCACCAACGUUUUGGACCCUUCGUGGGCUUCAGUUUCUUGAAAUGGCCAACAACAGGUUCCAAGGUUCAGUCUCUGUUUCCAUCUCCAAUGCCAAGGGACUCACCAAACUCCUCUUAUCUGGUAACAGCUUUUCCGGUCAGUUCCCAACGGGAAUCUGUGAACUCGAUCAGCUCGUGGAGAUUGACGUCAGCAAGAACCGGUUCUCCGGUGAAGUUCCCACGUGCAUAACCGGAUUGAGAAAGUUGCAGAACCUUAGAAUGCAGGAAAACACGUUCACCGGCGAAAUUCCCAGUAACGUGAGCUCCUGGACUGACAUGACGGAGUUGAACUUGUCACAUAACCAAUUCUCCGGUUCUAUCCCACCGGAACUUGGUAACUUGCCGGAUUUAACAUACCUUGAUCUCGCCGUUAAUUCGCUGACAGGGGAGAUUCCGGUGGAGUUAACGAACCUAACGCUGAACCAGUUCAAUGUCUCAGAUAACAAGUUGUAUGGAGAGCUUCCUUCGGGUUUCAACCACCAAGUUUACUUGUCGGGUCUAAUGGGAAACCCGGAUCUGUGUAGCCGGGUUAUGAAAACCCUACCUUCUUGUUCCAAACGCAGACCCUUUUCUCUCGUUGCUAUUGUCGUUUUAGUCGCUUGCGUUGUGCUCCUUGUGGGGUCCUUAUUGUGGUUCCUGAAGAGCAAGUCGCUUGCUCUUGGUGGCAAAUCCAAACGCUCCUUUAUGACAACCGCGUUCCAAAGAGUGGGUUUCAAUGAAGAAGACAUGGUUGGAAACUUAACCAGCGAGAACGUUAUUGGCAUGGGAAGUUCGGGUCGGGUCUAUAGGGUGGAGCUGAAGACAGGGCAAAGAGUGGCAGUGAAGAAACUGUGGGUUGGUACACAAAAGCCUGAUAUGGAUUCUGUGUUCAGGUCCGAGAUUGAAACGUUGGGUAGGAUCCGGCAUGCUAAUAUUGUGAAACUGUUGUUUAGUUGCAGUGCUGAUGAGUUUAGAAUAUUGGUGUAUGAAUACAUGGAGAAUGGGAGCUUAGGGGAUUUGUUGCAUGUUGAGGACAAGUAUGUGGAGUUGAUGGAUUGGUCUAGGCGAUUCAGAAUUGCUGUGGGUGUGGCUCAAGGGUUGGCUUAUUUGCACCAUGAUUGUGUGCCCGCCAUUGUUCACAGGGAUGUGAAGAGUAACAACAUAUUGCUGGACCAUGAGUUUUCGCCUCGUGUAGCAGACUUUGGGCUAGCUAAGACUUUGCAGCGUGAGGCCAGCCAGGGUUCCAUGUCAAGGGUUGCUGGAUCGUAUGGUUAUAUUGCUCCAGAGUACGCUUAUACAAUGAAAGUGACUGAGAAGAGUGAUGUCUAUAGUUUUGGGGUGGUGUUGAUGGAAUUGAUCACCGGCAAGAGGCCAAAUGACUCUUCAUUUGGUGAGAACAAGGAUCUGGUGAAAUGGGUCACUGAGAAUGUUCUAUCAACAUCUCCUAAAGGAGGAAGUGGCAAUAUUGGAGAAAGUAAUAUUAUGACCCAGGUGGUGGACCCAAGAAUGAACCCAGAGACUUGUGAUUAUGAAGAGGUUGAGAAGGUUUUAAACGUGGCCCUACUUUGCACCUCAGCGUUUCCCAUUAAUAGACCCACAAUGAGAAGGGUAGUUGAAUUGCUCAAGGACCAUAAACUGUCAGGUCCCAAGUCAUGAUGCUGUGUUGGGUUUCCCAGGCUCUCCACGGAGGGACCCAAAUUUUGUAUUGCAGUAGUGGUAGGCACUACAUGAAAGCGAUUGAUGGCACUGUAUGCAAGAAACUUAAAGAGGAAUUUUUGAACAUAUUUAUUAUUAAGGAUUGAAUAACUCUUAUGAGUGCUUGUUUAGUUAGUCAUUAUAUGUAAAUCUUCUUGUACAUAUGAUGCUUCUUGAAUCCUGUCUUGAUCAAAGUAAAAGUAAGUAGUCAAUUGAAAAGUAUCGCCACUCUAUACUGAAAAGGAAUACUCUCCUGCAUAUAUAUAUAUAUAUAUCUUUAUGUGUUGUC